AUGCCCAGAACUCCGGUGGCACUAAUAACAGGGGCAACGCGUGGGAUCGGUCGCGCGAUCGUGGACAAGCUUUCGGCAGAAGGCCUGAGUUGCCUGAUGGUGGGCUCCCGAAAGGAAAGCUUUGGACCGAUGACAGCGGACCUUCCAGUAAUAUGCCGUGAGCUUCAGUGGCACCGGGGACUUGUCGUCGAUCUAGCGCAGUGGCCUCAAUGGACGCAGCAAGGCAGAUUUGACGGGUUCCAUUUUUCUAGCGUACCGGGCGCCCGCGCGUAUCGUUGCAGCGACGGCGCCUGGCCUCUAUUGGACCUUCCGCCAUCCUCCGAGCUUGCCCUCUUGGUCAACUGCGCUGGCGUCACUCAGGCCUCGCCUGCUUUACGUUGUGAUGCAUCGGAAAUCCAGAGGAUCACCAACAUUAACUAUUUAAGCGCCGUUAGCCUCUGCAAUAUGGCCGCCAAGAGAAUGCUGCGCUCUAGGAAACACCUGUCGCGCCCGCCUUGCAUUGUGAACAUAUCUUCAAUUCUGGGGGACCCUGCGACGUCAGCCUUGCCCGGCACGGCCCUCUACAGUGCCUCGAAAGCUGCCUUGGCACAAUUCUCUCGCACGCUAUCUGCGGAGCUUGCACGAGCAGGAAUACGCGUGCAUUGUUUGUCGCCUUCACUUGUGGCGCAAACAGACAUGGUACAGACACUCGAAGAGGACGCAAAAGUGCGUCUAGAGUCUACUUUCAGCCAAUUCCCUGCCCAAAGUCCGCAGCAAAUUGCAUCUCAAGUGUGGAAGCUGUAUGACAGCGAUACUUAG